UUAAUGUCUUAUGUAGCAUAGCAAGAUUUUUAUUAACUAAAUGUAUUUGUGUUAAAAUAUAUUAAAGCAGAUUCUACGAUAAAAUAAUAUCUAGUAAUUACUUAUUGGAAUCUGAUUUAUUGUCAAUAAUUAAAAACAAAGGUUUAAAUUGUCACUAGAAAUGAAUUCCAAUUUUGAAGAAAAUAAUUUUAGUAAUAUGUCAUGGAUAAAUUGUAAUGUGUGCUGCAAUCAGCCAAAUAAUUUGCCUAACGAGAUGAGAAAAUUGUUUUAUCUUACAAGCUGUGGGCAUAUUUUCUGUGCUACUUGUGGUUGUUUUACAGAUAACACAUCAAAUAGAUGCAGAGAAUGUAAAAAUGUAUGUUCUUAUACAACCAUAGGAGAUAAGUCUUUUCGAUCAAAUCAACAGUUGUUAGAAUAUUUUCAAGACCCACAAAAUAUGUGUACUAAAUUAUUACAAUCAAUGAAAUUUCAGAAAAUUCAUCAAAAGAGACUUUUUGAACACCACCAACUAUCAAAGUACAAUAGAGCUAAACAAUAUAUAAAAAAACUUAAAAAUCAAUUGGAAAAUAUGAAAAAUUUAUUACAAAAUAAUCAGCAAUCAAUUUCAAUCAAUUCAAUGGAACAUAAUCCUAUUUUUCAAAUAAAUUCAACACCAUUUAAACUUGUUGACGAAGAAGCUAAAAGGCGUAAUAAUAAUGUUGGUGUAACUUUUAAAGUACCGAAUAAUAACUUCAGACAGUCUAUUCGAGCUAAUGCAUCUGUGUCUUCAGAAAGUCCUGUUUCUGGAAUUGCCUCUCCUGCAUCUUCAUCUAAGUAUAAAAGUCCUGUAAGAGUAGGUAGCGGAAACAAUUUUCCAUCAGUAGACAAGCUUUGCUUAAAUUCCAAUGAGUCAAAAAAAGUAAAUUAUUCUACUACUUAAUUGUGAUUAAAAGAAGUAUAAAGCAAUGUUAAAUUGUAAAUUUAAUAGUUUUGUUACUUAUUGUUGAAGAUUAAAAUUGUUACAUAUAUAUAUUAAAGUUUCUCUAAUAUUAAAUUAGUACAGAUUUAUAUUUUCUUAGUUCUAUUCUUAAUAAUGUUAAACAGAAAUAAAUAUUUGUUUCUUUGUUAUUCAAGUGUAUUUUUAUUUUAAAAAAUUUGUAUUAAUAAAUGAC